UUAUACAGAACACAUUUCACCAGAGGAAAUGACGUUCCUGUUGUUUCACUUUCAUUUCUGCUGAAAAUAGAACAAAAAAAAAUAUCUCGGCUUUCAUCGUGACAGUUACCGGGGUAAACAGCACAGGAGCCCGUGUCUGCCACAAUGUAUAAGGCCGGUAUUUCCAGCUACACGACCAGGAUUCUCUGUUCCAACAAGGGAGCCUUAGUCUAUCGACACCUUCACAAGAGUGUCAGCGAGAAGUACGAUAUUUCUAACCAGCUCUUCUGCGAGAUCUUGAAGAACAGCAGCAGGUUUGUUAUAGUUCAGGGCAGUGAGGGUAAGAUCCCCGGGCGUGAGGUCAGCCUUGACAGCAAAGUAAUUGCUAAAACCUCCGUACGGCUGUGCAAGGACUACCCCAAAGACUGUGGUGACUGCAAGGGACUUCAUCUCUGCAAAUAUUUUGUUUAUGGGAACUGCAGAUUUAACGCAAGCAAUUGUCGGUUUUCACAUGACCUUCAUUCAAUCCACAACAUUCUGGUGCUGAGAGCCAAUGAGCUUCAGGACCUGGAGGAUGAUGAACUGUGCCAGCUUCUGCUCCAGAACGACCCCGCCCUCCUACCUGAGGUGUGUAUUCAUUACAAUAAGGGGUUUGGGAAGUUUGGAGCCUGUACCCAUGAAACAAAAUGCACCAAACUCCACAUCUGCCAGCACUUCAUGCAGGGCGACUGCAGGUUCGAGUCCCAGUGUAAGAGAUCCCACAAAUUUGAUGGAAUCUCCUGGCAAAUACUGAAGAGCCGUGGGCUGGCGCCAGACCUGAUUCGCAAUCUCCCAGACAUCUAUCAGAAUAUUUACAGCAUUAGGAACAGCAAAACUGGAGAGAGCCAGGAAGCACAUGUCCGUACCAGGGAGCCGUCCAUCUGCUCAAACAGUGAUGCUGAACAUGAAGAAAUCUGUCUGUUUUACAUCAGGAAGCACUGUGGUUUCAAAGACAAGUGCCUCAAAGUUCAUUACCAUCUGCCCUAUAAGUGGGAGGUGCUGAAUGGAUCAGCCUGGACAGACCUCCCAGACACAGAGGAGAUUGAAAAGGCUUUCUGUAACCCAGCAAACACAACCAGCGGUGGAUCUCCGGCGGUAGAUUUCCUGACCAUGCGGCGCGGAUUGGCAAGUGUGCGCCGGCUCUCCACGGCCUCCUCCGUCACCAAACCUCCUCACUUCAUCCUGACCACAGACUGGGCCUGGUACUGGCAGGAUGAGCACCGCGUGUGGGUGGAAUACGGCAAACAAGCGAGUCAGGGGCUUCGAACAGGGGCUGACAAGCACCACCCGUCCUCGGUCACGUCAGAGGCCCUGGAGAAGGCGUUCCUCGCAGAUCCGGACAGCAGUGUCCCCUUCAGCGUGGGUCAACAGCAGUACAACCUCAGCUUCAGAGACAUGCGGCAGCAGAACUGCGUGUAUCAAACCCAGAGAGAGGUUCGGAGGAGACCCAGGUUCGUUAGUGCCCGAGACGUGGAGAGCAAGAUAAAGAGUAAAAGUGACUCAGCGGGGAACUCCACCUCUCAGUCUGUGCCGAGUCACUGGUUACAGUCUGCUGUCCCUGGCUUUGGAUACAAGCUAGUUCGGCUGUCCUCCUCCUCAGAGGAAUUCAAACAAGUUCAAUAUUUCUUCCAGAGGACUAUGCCCAAAUUCACGAUUCAGAAGAUUGAACGCAUCCAAAACCUGGGGCUGUGGGAGGUCUUCCAGUGGCAGAAGGAGCAGAUGAAGAAGAAGACUGGAGGGAAGGAUGUGGAUGAGCGCUCUUUAUUUCAUGGCACUGAAAAAGCCCUCCUAGAGGCCAUCUGUCAGCAGAACUUCGACUGGAGGAUGUGUGGCACUCACGGCACGGCUUAUGGGAAAGGCAGCUACUUCGCAAGAGAUGCCUCGUAUUCCCACAAGUAUGCCAAAACCAAAGAUGGGCAGCACAUUAUGUUUGCUGCGAAGGUGCUGGUCGGAGAGUUCACCCAGGGAAACAGCAGCUUCAGACGUCCCCCUUCCAAGGACGCUCGGAGCACAGGUCUGUACGACAGCUGCGUGGACAACAUGGACAACCCCUCCAUCUUCGUGAUCUUCGAGAAGCACCAGAUUUACCCUGAAUAUGUGAUUGAGUACAGCAAUAGAUGCAACUAACUGAAUGAAUGCUAACAUACUGGACUCUUAUACUGAAGCAGGUGCAAAAGCAAAGAUGCAUUUUCAAACAAUACAUUCCUGGUUUAAUACCAGCAAGAAACUACUCGGUUAAACUGCUGCUUAUAGCAAGUUGUUGUCCGCUGUCAACUCAAAUAUUGCUUGUUAAAACACACAUCAGCAUAAGUUAACACCUGAUUGGCUGCUGGCCUAAAAGCUGCACUGCUAUAGGCCACUGUAAUUGUCAUUUAUCAAAAUUCCAAAUUCCGCUAAUUGACCCCAGGUUGGGUUUGUUGUAUUGAUGUUGUCUACAUAACUUAAAGCAACCAUGACAAGUAAAAAAAGGUUUUGCACUUGCUUCAUUGGGUCUACAGUCCUGCACUGAAAGAAAUCUAUUAGCAGGGGAAGCUUGUGUGUUUUCAACCGUGUGUCUCAUAAACUGUUCCAGAAAGAGACACUUUUACUGUACCAGAAUAGAUGAUUAUAACAUAAGGCAUUCUUAAAACCUUCCAUAUAGUUUUUGUAGUAAACAAAAUAAUUCCAUAGAUCUCAGCUAAUAUGCACUUCUAUUUGCAACAUCCAUCUCGAAUGUGCAGUUCUGAAAGAGACACAUGUUAGAGCAUACAUGUAUUUACAUUUUAAAACAUGAUGUCUGGUACUACUUUAGGUUAAAGGAAGCUCUCAGUUUAGCUGCAAUUACUUUAACUAUAAGGGAUUUUAUAACCUCUCUUAAACAGUGUGGGUACUGGAGAGGGUCCAGUAUCACUGCAUGGUAUUUACAUGUACUGUAUUAACCCAAGCAUCUCCAACACCACACUAGAUAUGUCCUUCUAUGUUACAAGAAUUACGAUGAAGAAUAACAGGAGUAUGGUUUUAAAUAAUCUUCUAAAGUUCCUUUUAGCACUUUUUAAUGCACUUUUCUAUAUGCACUUUUUUCUAUUGACUGUUGCAGUGAAGAUAAUGAAUUAUUGAUCAAAUAUUAGAGAGAUUCCACUUCUCAUAAAGAUUGAGAGGUCUAAUCCAUUGAUCUGAACAGUGGGGACCUAAAUACUGCCAGGGUUUAAACAUUAGGAACAACCUGUGAUUUUGCUGACUUUUAAAGACGAAAAUUCAGUGUUAGAGAUGUUAGUUUUCCCUUUCUUUUACCAAUAUUCAGCUAGUUUCCCUGUCCCUGAUUAGCACUAAUAUUUUUACUUUUACACUUUUUAGAUAUGUCUGUCUGGGGAACUGU